GGAGGAGCGGGAGGUGCUGACCCGGCGGUGUGGGAGCGGUGCGGGAGCGCCUUGCCUUGGGCUGAUGGGCAGCUGCGGGUCUCUCGUCUUUAACCUGUGGUCACAGACGUGGUUCUUUCCGGAGUCGGCAGAGUGAAGAGUUGUCAGGACACUGAAGGAGACCCAAAAAAGAAAGGGUAAACUUAUGUUCAGGAAGGCAUGGAGGGUCAGGAACUGCCUUAUGUGCUAAUUGACUGUAUAGGAGGGAUGCAUGGAGUAUAUGAAGACCAUGUUGGAUUUCUGCAGAAACAUUUUCAUCUCAUCACCAUGAAAGAAUAUCUUGAAAAUAAGACACUUCUCAGCAAAAAGAUCAGAGCUAUUUAUAUGUGGUAUCACAAACCAGUUGUUAACAAAGAGCUGCUCCAGAGCUUGCCGAACUUGAGGAUAGUUGCAAGUUCUGGAGUGGGAAUAGAUCACUUGGACCUGAACCUCCUCUCUAGCUUUGGUGUGAAAGUGUCCAACACUCCAUUUAUUGUUUCCACUGACACUGCAGACCUGGGAAUGGCUCUGAUGCUGGCAUCUUCCAGGAGACUUGUGGAAGGCUAUGAGAUGGCAGUCUCCCCUGACACAGAGUAUUUCCCUGCUGACUGGUUGGGGGCUGAGGUUUCUGGAGCGACCCUGGGGAUUGUGGGAAUGGGCACCAUUGGUUACAAAGUGGCUGAAAGAGCCAAAGCCUUUGAAAUGAAGAUUUUGUAUCACAACAGGAGUCAGAGAAAAAAAGAAGAAGAAAGUGCCGUUGGAGCUGUUUACUGUAAAAAGAUAGAUGAUUUGCUCCAGCAGUCAGAUUUUGUGUUACUGGCUGUGAACCUAACUCCACAGACACACAAACUGAUUGGGAAGAGGGAGCUGGAGCUGAUGAAACCCACUGCUACUCUCAUUAAUAUUAGCAGAGGUCUGGUAGUGAAUCAGGAUGCUUUGGUGGAAGCCCUUCAAAACAAAGUUAUUAAGGCAGCUGCUCUGGAUGUGACAUAUCCUGAACCUUUGCCAAGGGAUCACCCUUUGUUAAAGCUGAAGAAUGUCAUAAUAACUCCACACAUCGGAAGUGCCACCAAGAAGACACGCCGCAUUAUGAUGGAGGAAAUGACAGAAAGCAUACAGGCGGGCAUUGCAGGUCUUCCUAUCCCUCAUGAAGUGUUGCCAUAACGUGGCUUGCACUUAGCAUUAAUGCCAUUAGUGGUUAUCCUGGCGUGACAAAACAGUAAUUCGAUCACUUUUCAUGUAAUUAUCCCAUGAGUAUUAUACAGAUAAAAUAUAUAAUGUUUAAUUUGUUUAAAUAACAGACAGCAAUUCUGUCUGGAAAACCUGCAGUAUUUUGUCGUGACCUUCAAUGAAAAACCCCAGAGUCUUG